UGGCAGAAACCACAUUUAUUAUAUGAAGUUAUAAAUAAACAUUGGUAAAAAUGACUCCUCAAGAGAAAAAUAACGAAGAAUCGAUUGAUGAUGAUGCUGAAAUUAUGGCUCUGGAAAAAAUUCUCGCCGAAGCUGACGAACGAGAAAAUAAAGUUGAGCAGGAAAAUCCUUUGCCUCCAAAAAUCAAAGAGAAACCACGACCUCAAUUAAAAGAAGAUAAUACAUUUGCAGAAGCGUUUGGUUAUGAAGUGGACAAGAAACUGGCAAAAGAAAUUGAAAAACAAGUGGCUAGUAAAACUGAAGAACUAGAUUCAUCCGAUGAUGAAGAAAUUAAAAAUUUCUUAGAACGUAAGUACAAUGAAUAUGGCUGUGAUGUAAAUAAAAAACUAAAACAACAAAAGCAAGCGGCAAAAGAAGCAAAGGCUGACUAUGAAGUAGACAAGUUCCUGAAGGAAGACAAAAAAAAUGGCGCAUCUGAAGGUGGUUUGUCUAUGCAUGUUAAAAAUCCACAUAAUCCAACUAAGAGACAAUCUCUUAUAAGUCACACAUUUAAAAAGUUGCCGGAAUCAAAGACAGCAGUUAGUGAUAAUGGAGAAAGAAAGUCAGUCCACACAACGGCAGCCCACAGUUCUAUUUACACCGAUCCAGUGUUCGGUUUACGUAUGAUAAAUCCUUUGGUAUCCAGCACUAUGCUUUCAGAAAGAAUGAAUGGCCGCAAAUCGGUGGCAUUCUCUGCAGUAGCUUUUCAUACCCAAAGAGGCGACCUUUCUAAGGAUUGGGUCAUUGCCGGCGUUAUUGUGCACAAAAGUCCCGUUCAGAAGAGCAAGAAAGGUCAAAGCUUCUCUAUUUGGCGUUUGUCUGAUUUGAAAGGCGAAAUCAAGACACUGUCAUUGUUUCUUUUCGGCGGAGCCCAUAAAGACCUAUGGAAAACUGCACAGGGCAUGUGCAUAGCAGUUCUGAAUCCCACAAUAUUCGAAAAACGAGCCGAGAGUAAAGACGUCGCUUGCCUGUCAAUAGACACGGCGCAGAAGGUAAUGGUGCUGGGACAGUCGAAAGAUUUGGGAAAUUGCAAGGCGACUAAACGCAAUGGAGAAAUUUGCAACGCCAUAGUAAAUCUCAGUGAAUGUGACAGCUGUAUAUUUCAUAUGCAACAAGAGUUUGGUAAGAUGUCGAAACGUUCAGAAUUGCAAUCGGCUAAUGCUGGAAGAGGUUUAAAUGAUUUGCGCAAUAAGGUACUGGGUAAAAGCGAAGUUUUCUAUGGAGGACAAUCUUUUUCAGCAGUGCCAGCUAAAAAAAGUGCAAAAUUAACUCAAAAGGACAAUUCUAGAAUUAGUUCAUUAUCAGAGUAUGGCGUAUCUCCUUUUGCUAGUAGUAUUAAUCAUGCCUCGAAGCCGAAGGCUAUGGACGUAGCUAGUGUUCCAUAUGCAUCUCGAGAGGGUCCUGUUUCUAGAAUAGCCGGCAAUGUCGAAGCUUCUGUCAAGCAACGGAUGAAAGAUAUAGAAAGACUAAAGAUUCUGCAGGCAGAAUCUGAUAGAAAAUCCAGCAGCUUAGAACCAAAUAAUUCAAUUACACCCACCACACCUCAAGCUCAAAAAACUAGAGAUUCCAUAUUUGCAACAUCACAAACAUCCACACCUUGUUCGAGUUCAAAAUUACCAGCACCAUCUAUUUCAACGCCGUCUACAAGUUCAGCAAUACCAGAGAAAUUUAAAAAUCGUGAAUUUUCUUUUUCUUCAACCUCGAAAUCACCGCAAUUAUCCAAAGACAACUUUAGCAUAGAAGUGAAUAUCGGUGAUCGAAGAGCACAUUUUGCAAAAAUGAAAGCACUAGAAGUGCUAAAGAAAAAACCCAUAGAAAAGGUAAAUCCAAAUUCUACACGAGGUACGCAAGGCGGUAAACGCCGUGCCAUCGAUGAUUUGAAUGAACAGUUUAUGUCACACGAAUCAAAAAAACAAAAAAUAGAAGAGGAACAAAGGGAGCAAGAUCGCAAAACUCGUAUACAACGUAUUAUGGAUGCCUCUUCAUCACACACCAAUCUGGUUGAUAUGCGUGAGCGUGAGGAACAAGAUAAAUACUUUAGUAAAUUAGAAAAGAAGGAGGCUUUGGAAGAAAAAAUGUUAAAUACCUUUAAAAUGCCCUGCAAAGCGGUCAUAUGCAAGAUCUGCAAAUAUACUGCCUUCUCUGCGUCGGAUCGUUGCAAAGAAGAACGCCAUCCCUUGAAGGUGAUUGAUGCCGAAAAACGUUUCUUCAAAUGUAAAGAUUGCGGCAAUCGCACAGCCUCCGUCUUCAAAUUACCCAAAGUAAGUUGUAAAAAUUGUCAAGGUUCUCGCUGGGAACGUUGUGCUAUGAUACGCGAGCGCAAGGUGUGCGAUGGCACUGAAGGUCUCUCUCUGCGCGGUGACGAAGAAUUGUUUAUUGGUUCAGUCGCGGGCAAAGCCAAUUUAAAUUUAGCCGUUCCAGAUGAUUAAUUGUUAUUUCGGGUGCUAUUUUAGGUAAAUUUUGAAUUGUAUUAUUUACGUUUUUUGUUCUCUAGAUAUUAAUUGUACUUUUAUUUUAACCUAACUUUGAAGAAAUAAAUAAUUAUGGGCUAGUUUUUGGGAUAAAGAUCUAUAUUCUACGUUCUUUGUUUAAACCUAGCUUUAACUAAAA